AACGCCAGGAUCAACUGAAAUGAUGCGAAAAAGUUAUAUGUAUUUUUUUUUCUCUCUCUCUUUCUUAUUCUUAGACUCUAUGCUUCGACACAUAGCUCGUGCUUCAGCUCAAUAUUCAAGAGCUUUUGCUUCCACUAGAAUUGUCUGUCAAACGUUGCGUGUGCCAGUCACUCGUUCUGUGCGCUUGACACCUUUAUGCUCACGCCAAAUUCACUCUAGUUUUAUUCAACACAAAGAGCCUACAAGCUAUACUAUUACGUAAUAUGUGUUGUUCGGUAUCAUCUCAUGCUCAUGGUUUUUGUAGUCAAUUAGAUACCGAUAGAUACCAUCGUUUAUCAGAUCAAAUUUUGGAACAUAUUGUAAACAAAUUAGAAGAAAUUGGAGAUGAGACAGAUAUGCCUGGAUUUGAUAUAGAAUAUAGUCAAGGCGUCAUGACCAUUUCUCUUGGUGAACAUGGUACCUAUGUAGUCAAUAAACAACCUCCUAAUCAUCAAAUUUGGUUAUCAUCGCCUAUCAGUGGUCCUCAACGAUAUGACUUUGAUGAAAAGCAUCACAAGUGGUUUUAUCACAGAGAUAACCAUACUUUAGAUCAAGUUUUAAACACAGAAUUGUCCAAUGCAUUUGGCCAUCCAAUUGAUUUACUUGAAGGCUAUGAACCUAUCCAGGCAUAAAUGCGUCAUGGGAAUAGAAUAAACUUUUCUUUUUAUUGCCCGAGGCUAUCAACAUGAUACACUGUCUCUCUACCUCUCUCUCUCUCUCUCUCUUUUUUCUUGAUUUUUUUUUAAAUGUCGAUUUU